AUGGCUCAAGUACUAGCACCCAUUGUCCAGACUUCCGGUACAAUUACCAUGCUACAUACUUCUCCCGAUGCCUUCCAGAGCCCGCCCGCAGCAGCACAGCCUCACCCAACCCGAACCUCGCAGAUGUCACGAACCCAGGUCUACAAUGCCCAGAAUGGAGGUACAGCAUACCGGGGAACGGCUGCGCCUAUAGCGCCCUACGCCUUCUCCAGCACCCCACAGCUACGGCAAGAGGGCAAGUCGACAUCGGCCCCCAAUCUCCACAGCUUGCAGCAGAUGAACCCUGCGAGGCAGUCCCACCCAACACAUACCUCGUCUUCGUCGGACUCGACAGUCUCGACUUCCGGCUCGUCCAGUAGAUCGGCAGCUACGGCACAGGUCACUGUAAACGACGACAGCGCCAUCAGCACCAAUGCGAGGAAAUCCGUCAUUGGAGGCCUUCCAGCUUCAGCAAUGAAUCUUUCCUCGUCGAUCCCCGACCUCCCACUGGCCGCUGCCGCGUUGGACGCCCCCGUGAAACCUUCCCCUGAUCGCUACCGACGGGCUGCUCGCAGAACAGACUCGAGCGGUGCCGCUACGUCUUCUGCGCCGACAACGCCUCAACCCUCUCCCUCAAUUGGUGGGCCCGUCGCUUCCGGCGGUUCACCUAGCAGCAAUGCCACAUCAAUGGUUCCUGCUAUUUUGGAUAACGCUGUCAGACCUGGUCAUAACCGGGCCAGCAGUGUUGACGAUAUGCAAGGAACCCGCCAGACUACCCUAGAGCAGGCCAAACGAUAUAGGCGACGAAGCCACGGUGGUUUUGAUGCGACUCCGCAGUUCGUCAGUCCACCAGCCCUCAACCAAAUCAGCAGCACGAUCGUCGCGUCGCCAUCCUCGGUGAAGCCAUCCCCUGCAGAGAGCCAUCCUGGACCUAGCUCAGGUGGUCCUACAAGUCGGCCAGAUCCUGGACACAACCAUGAGCGACAACUGAGUUCGGGAAGUGUAUCAUCUACAGGGUCGAGCAGGCCAUCAUCUGUAAGUCCUGCGUCCGAGAGCAAUGACGGCAUGCUGAUAUUUGUGCAGUCACGACAGACUUCCAACUCAAGUCAGACCCGCGUGGCGCCGGGCGUGUCCUCCCCGUCCGCCGCACGUGGAACGCCUGAAACGACCAAGCGCGUCAUAGCACCGUCUCCGCUCUCAAAUCCCAUUUCACCUUCUGAACCCCCGAGUCCAGCUAAACCUACGGCUCCUGCGAGCCCAGCUGUGCAACAGCUUGUUGCGCUGAAUGACAAGGACUCGAGUCGAGGCAUGAAGUCUCGUCUGCGAAGAGCCUUCUCAUUCGGUAGCGCUGCCGAGCUCCGUCGAGCCACCGCAGAGAAUAAUCUUUCUGCGGAGCGUGUGAAGCUGCGCAAGGACAGACACCAGAACGAGCACGAUGCUGAGGAAGCCGCUAUUGUUGCGAAACAAGAGGCUGCCGGGAUUGGCGCGGGCAUCUACAAUGGACAAGGCGGCUUCACCGGGUCGACCGACAAUUUGUCCAUAUCCUCUACUGCGUCAUCUGCAUCCAUCAUGCUUCGCAAGAUGGGGAAUGGCAUGAGGAAAGGCGGAAGAUCGAUAAAGGGUCUCUUCAGGCCCAAGUCGGUGAUUGGAGUUCCAGCUGCUGACGGGCCACUGAUGAGGCCGAGCGCUGCGGAGGUCUCAAUGGUGACAGUUGAAGCCGAGCGGCAAAAGGUCAAUGUAAACGCGGAUCCCCAUGAUCAGGUUGGAGGCGGAACGGGAUACCCCAGGCUGGAGCGGAACUCCUUGGAUGCUGGUCGAGCGGGCAGUGAUGCUGGCAACGAGUCUUCCAGGAAGAGUAUCGUUGGGGGAGACAGGGAAAGAGCUGAAGUGCUCUCCUCCAUCAAGAAAGGAAUUCUGAAACGCGCAGGGACUGGUUCGAACUCCUCUUCUCCAGUCUCACGACCUGCAGAUGCCCUCAGCGAAACUCCCAAAUCCAGCGCCCCCAGUACGCCGAAUGACGACCAGGGACGCCAGAUUCAGGUUCACAUCAGCGGAGAGGAUUACUUCGGAAAGCCUCGUUUUCCCAACCACAGUACGAGAAGCUUACCCAACACGCCCCACACAAGAACAAUCACCUUCAGUCCCAAGGUACAAUGCCACGAGGCAUGGUCAAGCGCGGACUACGAUCGCAGGGGAGAUAUCGCUACGUGCAAUAGGCUUACACCUAUGCUGGCCCAGCAAAUCAAGGAGGAGCUCAACUCCUUCAAGAUGGAGAUGGAAGUGCACGAGCUAUCGAAACCCCACACACAUUUCUUCUAA